AGUACCAAAUGCAAAAGCAAUGGGGAGCAGACUCUUCUUGUCCAUGUUUUCACUGGCACUUAUUCUGUUAGGAAGUAGUGUUGGUGCGGAGGGAAAUCCAAAUUAUAAAGAUGCACUGCUCAAAUCGCUUCUCUUUUUCCAGGGACAGAGGUCAGGGAGGCUGCCUGCCAACCAGCAGGUCUCUUGGAGGUCAAAUUCUGGCCUUUCUGAUGGUUCCCUUGACCUUGUAGAUUUAACCGGAGGCUACCACGAUGCUGGAGACAAUGUGAAGUUUAACUUCCCAAUGGCGUUCACCACCACAAUGCUAUCAUGGAGCACCCUUGAAUAUGGAAAGAGAAUGGGUCCCCAGUUACAGGAUGCAAGGGCUGCAAUCCGCUGGGCGACCGAUUAUCUUCUGAAAUGUGCCAGAGCCAAGCCUGGGAAGCUCUACGUAGGUGUUGGUGACCCCAAUGUGGAUCACAAGUGCUGGCAGCGUCCUGAGGACAUGAAUACUGUCCGAACUGCGUACUCUGUCUCCGCAAGCAACCCCGGCUCGGAUGUUGCUGGCGAGACAGCUGCUGCAUUGGCAGCUGCCUCCAUGGUUUUCCGGAAAGUGGAUUCCAAAUACUCGAAAUUGUUGCUUCAAACAGCAAGAAAAGUAAUGGCGUUUGCCAUUCAGUAUCGUGGUGCAUACAGUGACUCACUUGGGUCAGCUGUCUGCCCUUUUUACUGCUCAUACUCUGGGUAUAAGGAUGAGUUGCUCUGGGGUGCCUCAUGGUUGUUGAGGGCAACCAAUGAUGCUUAUUACUAUAAUUUCUUGAAAACAUUGGGAGCUAAUGAUCAACCUGACAUCUUCAGCUGGGACAACAAAUAUGCUGGUGCUUAUGUUCUUUUAUCCAGGCGUGCAUUGCUGGACAAUGAUAAAAACUUUGAGCAAUUCAAGCAACAAGCCGAGAGUUUUAUGUGUAGAAUUUUACCCAAUUCUCCUUAUUCAACCACACAAUACACACAAGGAGGACUAAUGUACAAGCUACCUGAGAGCAACCUUGAAUAUGUUACAUCCAUAACAUUUUUACUCACCACAUAUGGCAAGUACAUGAAAGCCAGAAAACAGACCUUUAACUGUGGCAGUCUCUUUGUCACUCCAAAUAAACUUAUUGGACUUGCAAGGAGACAAGUGGAUUACAUACUGGGGGAGAAUCCAAUUAAAAUGUCCUACAUGGUCGGCUUUGGACCCAAUUUCCCAAAGAGAAUUCACCACAGAGGUUCUUCACUGCCUUCCUUGUCAAGGCACCCUCAGAGCAUUGGAUGCGAUGCUGGUUUCCAGCCGUUCUUCUACUCACCGAACCCGAAUCCUAACGUUUUAGUUGGAGCCGUGGUUGGAGGCCCGAAUCAGAACGAUGGAUUCCCAGAUGAUCGCUCUGAUUAUGCCCAUUCUGAGCCUGCUACAUACAUUAAUGCUGCAUUCGUUGGACCCUUGGCAUAUUUUGCUCAUUAGUUUAUAAAUCCAUGUAUGGAUCAAUCUAAUACCCUAAAAGCUAGGGUAAUGGUUGAAACGAAUAUUUAAACUAGUGGUUUGUUUUCUAUUUUAAGUUAUUCACUAA